CAUGUUAGCGAGUGCAGUGUUUGAUGAAGGAAGUUGACGAUGAUGUGUAUUUUGUACACAAUCUUCGCUGUAAACGGGACCAGCUGUAAUCACUCGUUCAUCUAGUCGGUGUCAGGAUUUCGUGAUAAAUUUACAGGAGAGUUUGAACCUCCAGAAGAGAGAGUUAAAGUGAUAAGUAGCGAGUGAGGUGGCUACGAAGCUAACGAGCUAGCAAACUGGACGAGCAGGUGGUGGAUUUCCCUCGCCGUGUGUGAAACAGCUGUCAUGUCGACUCCGGCUCCUCUCCUCUCCUCCGCCGCCCCUCUGCCUCAGGUGGACGUGGACUAGAUGGAGGACGUGUCUCUGGACGAUGGAGCAUUUAACCGAGGAUGAUGACGGCUACGAAGGUGUGGCGCUACACCAGCGGCUGCGUGCUGGGGGGCUGGGGGCCGCUGCUGUGUGUGCUGCUCGGCUCCCUGGUGGCUCUGCUCAUGCCUCUGGUCGGGGUGGAGGACGAGUGCUGCGCCGCCCUCAAGGGCAUCGCCCAAAUCCGCUGCCAGAUCUGGGGAAGUUCCCCCAAAACCACAGUGCAGUCCACCAGCCUCACCGUGCAGUUCACUGCCCUUGACCUCCUGCCGCACAGAGCCAAGCCCAGCAAAGAGGUGGAGCAGGAGGCCCGAGCAGCGCUGCAGCAGGCUCUGGAGAUGAAGAAGCAGGGGAAGAGGGAGAAGGCCCACAAGCUGCUGGUGCAUGCGCUCAACAUGAACGCAGACUUCGUGGACGCCCUGACAGAGCUGGGCGCCAUUUUGGAGGAGGAGAGGGAUGUUGUCCAGGCAGACCACCUCUACACCAAGGCCCUGGCCAUCUCACCGUGCAACGAGAGGGCUCUGGUCAGCCGGGACCGGACUCUUCCCCUGGUGGAGGAGAUCGAUCAACGUCACUUUGGCAUCAUUGACAGCAAAGUGCGCAGGCUUAUGUCAAUUCCCAAGGGUAACUCUGCGCUCCGGCGUGUGAUGGAGGAAACCUACUACCACCACAUCUACCACACUGUGGCCAUUGAAGGCAACACGCUCACUCUGUCUGAGAUCCGCCACAUCAUCGAGACGCGCUACGCCGUGCCCGGCAAGAGCCUGCAGGAGCAGAACGAGGCCAUCGGAGUGGAUGCUGCCAUGAAGUACAUCAACACCACUUUGUUGUCCAGAGCGGGAGCCAUCGCUGUCAGUGACAUCCUGGAGAUCCACCGGCGCGUGCUCGGCUAUGUGGACCCAGUGGAGGGAGGGAGGCUGCGUACCAGCCAGGUGUUUGUGGGUCACCACAUCCCACCCCACCCUCGUGACCUGGACCGCCAUAUGCAGGAGCUGGUUCAGUGGCUCAACUCGGAGGAGGCCCUGCAGCUGCACCCUGUGGAGUACGCAGCACUCGCCCACUACAAACUUGUGUAUGUGCACCCGUUUGUAGAUGGCAACGGACGCACAUCUCGGCUGCUGAUGAACCUGGUGCUCAUGCAGGCGCGGUACCCACCUAUUACAAUUCGCAAAGAACAAAGGGCUGAGUACUACGCAGCUUUGGACAUGGCCAACGAAGGUGACGUCCGCCCCUUCAUUCGUUUCAUAGCCAAAUGCACAGAGAUCACAUUGGACACACUGUUGAUUGCUACAACUGAGCACGCAGUGGGGCUGCCAGGAGCCGGGCACCACCCGGCCUGCCCUGACUGCAAACAGACCAUCCCAGUGCGCAACUGACCGGGAGGCAGGACGGUCAAAGGGAGCAUGAGCAUGCAGAGCUGUUUGUUCACUUAUCUAAGUUUCUUUAUCAACAAGCCUGCAUCAAAGAUUAGUUUCUUUACUGGUUGUUCUCUUGGACAUAACAUAUAAUUCCCUUGUUUUUCGUUGUUUUUGUACCUGCUAAAUCAAAUAAAACACCGGCAUCAGGGCUCUGCAUCUCCUCUGUGCCACAGUUGAAUUGAAAUAUGAUUUUACUGUGCUAGCAUUAGUAGCAUAGAUUUACUUCCUGCAUAAUGAAAACCAGUUUCCCUUAGUUUGCAAACACAGUGCCACAUAAAGACAUUUUAAUUGCCAUAACAAAAUCAUUUGAAGUACGACUAGCGUAGCUGUAAGGAUGAAAGAAGGCAUGACAUUGUCACCUUGUCCACUAUGACUUGAGAUGCUUCAGUGAUGACCGCUGAUGUUGAACUUCAGUGUAGUGUGAGCGUUCAGUUAAUACCUUUGUCUCUGGGAUGAAGAUGUUGUCUCAUAACACUGUAAAGCACUUUCAUGCGUUUGAUUAUUUAUUAUAAAUAAACUUGUUUUAUUACCUUA